AUUAAUCCAUGCCAAAGUAAUCCAUGUCGCAAUGGAUUUUGUCGAGCUCGCGGCUUGAACUAUCAAUGUUUAUGUAAGAAAGGAUAUACAGGACGUAACUGUGAUCAAGAUAACUGUUUUAAGAAUCCAUGUAAGAAUGGACGUUGUAUUCCGGUUAAAUGGGGAUAUAAAUGUAAUUGUUCAGAUGGAUAUUAUGGUGGUCUUUGUCAAUUCGGUGCUUGCGAACCAAACGAGUGUCAUAACAACGGAACAUGCGAACCGUUACAUAGAAAUUAUUAUAAGUGUCACUGCCCAUCGGGAUUUUAUGGAAGUCAUUGUGAAUAUAGAGUUUGCCAAGUAAAUCAUUGCCAGAGUAAUGGAACCUGUGAACCUACUCGUGGGAAUUAUUAUAGGUGUCGCUGCAAGUCUGGAUUCUAUGGAAGCCAUUGCGAAUUUAGAGUUUGUCAAGUACAUCAUUGUCAGAAUAACGGGACAUGCGAACCCACGCUUGGAAAUUAUUAUAGAUGCCGUUGCAAGUCUGGAUUUUAUGGAAGCCAUUGUGAAAAUAGAGUUUGCCAAGUAAAUCAUUGCCAAAAUAACGGAAUAUGCCAACCCACACGUGGAAAUUAUUAUAGAUGCCGCUGCCAGGAUGGAUUCUAUGGAAACCAUUGCGAAAAAUCUGUUUGUGAACCAAAUGAUUGCCAGAAUAACGGAAAUUGUGUACCUUUGUAUGGAACUUAUUACAAAUGUCACUGCCGGGAUGGAUUCUGGGGGAACCACUGUGAGAAUAGAGUUUGCCAAACAAAUAAUUGCCAGAAUAACGGAAGGUGUCAGCCAACACAUGGAGCUUAUUAUAAAUGUCACUGUCGGGAUGGAUUCUGGGGAACCCACUGUGAGAAUAUUUGCCAACCUAACAAAUGCCAAAAUAACGGAAGAUGCCAGCCCACACAUGGAGCUUAUUUUAGAUGUCACUGCCGGGAUGGAUUUUAUGGAGUCCAUUGCGAAUAUAGGGUUUGCCGAACAAAUCCUUGCAAGAAUAAUGGAGUAUGCAAACCUAUGCAUGGAAGUUAUUACAGAUGUAGCUGUCGGGAUGGAUUCUAUGGAAAAUUUUGUCAACAUAUUUGCCAAACAAGGCCAUGCAAGAACGGUGGGAAAUGUGUACCCCUAAGAGGAUUAUAUUACACAUGUCACUGUGCACCUAGAUUCUAUGGGGCAAAAUGUGAAAAGAGAGCGUAG